GAAACGGGGAACGCCACUUCGACCGCCGCCACCGUUCCAGGCUUACCCCGACUCCUUGCAUUUAUUUGCUGUUUUGUGGUGUUGUGGUAAAUAUCGUCCAGAAAUACUCAUCCUCGCCAUCCCUUGUCAUCAUGCAUGUGUCUCACAAACCCAUUCCAUCGUUUGAAUUCAGCUGCCAACAGGAGUGAUGCGACAUGUCAUAGCAUUACACCGUGCUCCAUUCAUAUCACUAUAUAUUUAUUUUGAAAAGCAGCGUUUUAGCCUACUCUUCUUUUCUUCACCGUCCCACAUAAACCAUCUUUCUCCCUUCCUCUGCAUGUCCCUCUCUCUCUCUCACUCUCGGUACCGUCUUUUCAGCCAGCUACUUCGCUUGAUUUAUAGUGAUAUGUGUGUCAGCGGCAGCGGGGCUGCCAUUGUGUAUUUGUGAGGGAGUUGUGUUGUUUAUGGCCGUCUGCGCGAUAAAUCAUUUCUCUUUGAAUAUGAUGGGCGAGCCACGAUAUAUGCGGGAACGAGGAAGAGAUUCCCCGGAUUACUGUUGAGGCUAUCCGACUUUCUGAUUCGAAAACGGCCCGCGAACCCUUCGCUUUUGCCCUCUCCCUUCGUCUUUAAGCCCCCCAAGUUGAUUAUCGCGAACGAUUUACAACAAUGGAUCAGCGACUAAUAUGAAGGCUAAGUAGCUGCAGGUCUUGAGUUACUGAAUAUGCAAUUACCAAUUAAGGGAAGAUUUGUUUAAAUUUGGCAAAACGGGAACGCCUCGUCGCCUUGUAAAUCUCAUAAAAGUGUCCGCGCCCGCCAGGAAACUCAUAGCCAGGGGUCUCAUACCUGGACUGCAGCUGUUUUUCUUCAUGGUGUAAAAACUUAAUUGGAGUACUUACUGAGCAGAAAGGGUAGCUACUGCUUUAGUUUAUUCUUAACUAGAGCACUGACAGAGCUUGAAUUGCCUUUAAGCUCAAAGAGGGUCACGGACUAGCCUCUCAGACACAAAGAUCUUUUUUUCUUUCUUCUGAAAUUCCUUUUUUAUUUACAAACUUAAGAGUAGGCUUUUCUGGCUUGCUUGAGUAGCUACAGAAGACUUUGAUAGCUUUUUCAUUGUUACAAACCCUUUUUUCCCCUACAACUGAUUUAAAUACUGUUAAAACUGAAAGAAUAGCACAGAAAUCUGCCUCAUUGGCUGGCAUGCUAUUUGAACUGGAUUCCCCCCCUUAUCUGCGCACGAGGAGGAGGCUUGUCAAGUGAGCGACUUUACCUGUAGUAAAUCUUGUUUAUGACGUGUUAAUGUUAUUUCGUAGAGAUGGCAAUAAUUGUGCAAUGCACAUGCGCCGCUGAAGAAGACGACCACAAACAAAGAGGUUAAUCGAUCUUUAUUGUUUUAUUCACACAGACAUUAAAACAUACGUUUAUUGUAAUCCAUGGGAUUAAGGUCAAAAUAAAAAUAUAACAGUUAUUGUUACUAUUAACAGCAAUAAAUGAACAACAGGAAUAAUAAUAAUAAUAAUGAGGUAAGGGACCCUUUGGUUUAUAGGCUUGCCAUUGUUUUAUUCACCUCCUCUCCACCUCGGUAAUACAAACCAUUGUGUAGCAAAAUUAGAAUAACUCCUUGGCUCCUAUCAAAUAUUAAUGGGCACACCGGCAUGGCGAACACGUUCAAAAUGUAUAAUUCCAGCAGCGUUCCUUGUUGCCGGGCGCUGUGUCAAAAACAAUAUUCGAGAUCAUUUUAGAGGAUGCGCAGGGGGCGAAAAGAUGAGACUUUUUUUUCGUGCAGGGACUCGCCAGACGGAUCUCAUAUCUGAUUUCACGAGUUUAGUGACAGCCGAGGUUGAAUAAAUGAUUCAAAAUGCCAGUCAGUUUAGAUAGACAUUAAGAGUCCCUAUCUAUGCAGAAAAAAAUAGCUGUGUUCAUGUGUAGUCAUACAGUUAGGUUCAUCAUAAAAAGACAGUGAUAUAGAUUAAAUAACAUUUAUGCAAUCAAAUAUGCAUCCUUUAUAUUUAAUUAAUAAUUAUUAACGACAACAUUAAUAAUUGUUACAUUUUAAAUCUUAGUAUGCCAGCCGAGUAAUGUAAGUAUCAGCAUUAAAAUCUUAGAGUAAAACCAUUUAAAUGUCCAUAAAGUAAAUAUAGAUAAUUGUACAUCAAUUUAUUUUGCGUUUUGAUAAUUAAUGAAUAGGCUUGUAUAUGUUACGGGAUAUGGAAAUGCUUGUUAUCAGACAGUAGUCCGAUAGUUCAUAACAAGUUUCCUUAGUCUUUGGAUAGGAUGUCGGCCAUAUUGUCCUCUUAUUGCAUCCAAAUGUACACUUACAAGAUGGAGCAAUGUAUAAUCUAAGCUGCUGUUUCGCAAUUAAAUUUUCCAACCUUCUAUCAUUUUGACUAAUUUAAAGCAAACUUUAUCACACUUGAUAGAGCAAGACAUAAGCGAAAGACAAUCCCAUUUUAAAAUAUAUUUAAUAAAAAUAAUACUAAAGAAAUUUCGGUAUGGCUAACUUCUAUAACGCACACCAUUUUCUGUGGAAUGUUAAAUAUAUUCCGUAAAUAAAGAUACAUAAAAUAAAAGUCGUCUGUUUGUACCACUAAACGAUCAUAGUGUUUAUCAUGUUUUCGCAAUCACUAAACGAUCACAGUGAAUACAAUACUAUCACUAAGCAUGGUGGCUUAAUGCAGUCAUGUUUUUGGUCCCAUACGGAAUCUUUUAGCCCUUUUGUCUCUCAUUGAAUUCGUCAUUUUAUUAGGCCAACAGUAGCAGUUGUAUGUAGCUAGGAUUUAUUUUAUGUAAGCUAAGGUGAGUUUUCCAGGUGUUUCCCCUGUCUCCUAAUGCACGAAUAAUUACCCAUUUGGAAAUAAAUCAAUAUCAAACCUCUCUCUAAUUCAUAACGGUCUACACAGAGCAACGAUUGAAAGCACAUGAAAAAUGAGCAGAGAAACGCUAUCCAGAGGCUACAUGCUGGAUUUUCAUCCAUUUGAGGAGCAUGGGGGAGCGCGAUAAGAAAAUUCAGCCGGAAAUGUUCGAGCCAGCGUCUGCCUUUUUAUGCAGUGGCUAAGAAUAGAAUGGAUACGAUCAACACACUUUUAAAUAGUAAUAACUGAACUUCCGUCUAUGUCUGCUCGGUGUGUGUGAGCGCACGCGCCUGUUGUUUUCUGCUAUCUCUGCGUGGGUAGUGUACAACCUAGCACACAAAAGCAUCGAAGAACGAAAGCCAAGUUCAGUGACUUGAAGGUUUGCAGUGUAAGGCUAGUGAAUGCAGGCGAUAGGCAUUAAGGCAAAGCUUGCAAAACAAAACCGACUGAAGCUACCACAUGAAAGACUGCGCGAGCUUAUUUUUGCAAACUCGAGAGAAAAAGUAUCAUGCUUUUCCUGUUUACUGGAAUUUGGCAUCAUUCCCUUAAAAUGAAAAAAGAAGACAAGAAACGUGUUGGAUGUCGACAGGGAAGGGAACAAUUAUCGGAAUGAGGUUGACCGUGUUCGCCCUCGCCGAAGCCUGCAGGUUGCAAUAACCAUAUGGCCCAUGUGUUGGCCCCGUAGCCGUGCAUUCCCCUAUUGGACAAAUGAACCCCGUUGGCUUCUCCACCCUGUGUGUCCUGUCAGUCCACUGGUUCACUAGUUCACCGUGUCAAUCCACCCUACUCCGUGCAAGCAGCAAGAGGCGAACAGACAGCUUGGGGCUAGAGGUGGAAUCUUUCGCCUGCUGGUGAGUGGUGCUCCAGAGCAGCCACACGCCAAAACUCAGAGCCUGUGGUUCGGCCGAAGGAAAAACGAGCUCCCGGAGUAUUGGGGUUGUGGACGCCUAAGUGGAGUGCGCGCGCAUUAGCACUUCCCAACGCGCCCAUGAACGCUUUGAUCCACAAAGUAGCCUCUUUUUGUUUUAUGCAAACGUUUAAAUCGAUAAGGAAGCUAUAAAACGUUACCUUCUGCAUCGAGCAACCAUUUAUAUACAUCUAUAAAACAAUCCUUGCAUGGCAGUCAAUCUGUUCCGUCGUUUUGCGUAAAUAUUCCAAAAACAAAGACCCAUUUUCAGCGGAGAGAUCGGGAGGAAUGCUGGAUGUCAGUUCCUUCUCGUUAUCAAGAAGUUGUAUCCUUGCAUAAAAUCUAGAAGUGAUAAAGGACAAUAUCUCGGUCAGCUUUCAAGAGGCCAUUGGAAAGAGACCGUCACGUGACAUCUAGUGCCAAUGUUCUUCCAGAAGGUCGUCAGGACCCUGGUAGCCGGUAACUCGAUUUUUGGAAAUGCAGAAAACGACCUACUACGACAACUCGACACUUUUCGGAGGAUACUCGUACCAGGGGGCAAAUGGUUUUGGCUAUGAUGCCCCGGCACCAAUCUUCCAGAACUCAGCACAUCUUGAGGGUGACUACCAAAGGUCUGCAUGCUCCCUACAGUCGCUCGGCACCAGCGCACCCCCACAGCCUCAGCAUGCCAAGACGAAAGAGCUUAAUGGCAGCUGCAUGCGGCCCAGUCUGCCACCUGAACACCCCCCACCCCCGCAGGUUUCCCCUCCUCAGAACGCUGUAAACGUUGCUGCCUCAAAUGCCACCCAGCAGCCAGGUGGUAGCAGUGGUGGUGGGGCUGGCAGCGGGGGCACAGCCAAAUCGUCAUCCAAGUCGUCCUCUCUGGCCCCAAACCCAGCUCUCACAAAGCAAAUCUUUCCUUGGAUGAAGGAGUCACGUCAGAACACCAAGCAAAAAAACAGCUCCCCUAGUGCAAGCUCAGCUAACGCGGAGAGCAGCGGUGGUGAGAAAAGCCCUCCGGGUUCUGCAGCUUCCAAGAGAGCACGCACUGCUUACACCAGCGCUCAGCUGGUGGAGCUCGAGAAGGAGUUUCACUUCAACCGAUACCUGUGCCGGCCGAGGCGCGUGGAGAUGGCCAAUCUGCUCAAUCUUAGCGAGCGGCAGAUCAAGAUUUGGUUCCAGAACAGGAGGAUGAAGUACAAGAAGGAUCAAAAGUUGAAAGGUAUCGGCUCGUCCUCAGGGGGGCCAUCCCCCACAGGAAGCCCACCUCUCCCAAUGCAGUCCUCAGCUGGUUUCAUGAACUCUAUGCACUCAAUGGGCAGUUAUGAUGCUCCCUCCCCACCAUCUUUUAACAAGCCCCAUCAAAAUGCAUACGCCAUGUCAACAGCCUAUCAGAACCCAAUGAAAGGUUGCCCACCCCAACAGAAGUAUGGAAACACUGCACCGGAUUAUGACCCACACGGGCUACAGGGUAACAGUGGCACAUAUGGGACACCAAACAUGCAGGGUAGCCCUGUGUUUGUGGGAGGUAGCUAUGUUGAUGCCAUGCCUGCCACUGGGCCUUCUAUGUAUGGCCUCAAUCACCUACCACACCACCAAUCGGCAAGCAUGGACUACAACGGUGCCACACAGAUGUCGGCGAACCAGCACCAUGGACCGUGUGACCCACAUCCGUCAUACACGGAUCUGUCUGCGCACCAUCCUUCUCAGGGUAGAAUCCAAGAAGCACCCAAGUUGACUCAUCUGUAGCAGGUUUGGACAAAAAAAUAAAAAAACAGAAAAAAAAUAAAGAAAAAAUGAAAGGAAGACUAAACGAAACAGACUAACCCAUGGGGCGAUGCAAUGGGGUUGAAAAAGAUGAUCCAGUGGUUUCUUGCCAUGACUAGAACACCGGUUUGUGUCAAUGUUGUCCUUCCGUUCAUAAGUGAACGCACCUGAAUUUAGUAUCCAUAGGUCUGAAUACCCCUUUAAAUGAUACACUUCACGAAAAGUGGCUAGUUUAUGCCAAGGAAUAGGCUGUCUAGCUGUAUGACCUCAUUACAUCAUCUUAAAUGUUUGUGUAUUUCUUCAGCAUUUUUGCUGCAUUCCUCACAAUUUGGAGGGCGGUACGGUAUAGCUUAAAUAUACUGGUGCAAGAAAACCACUGGAUUGUUUUCGUCCACCACCCUUAUUUCACAUACCUCCUUUUUUAAACGUCUCAAAAACCGGUCGAUUUUUUUAUUAACUUGUUCCCAAAACAGCAGUAGACUGGCACCUUGUCUUUAGCAAGACACCGUGAUCAAGAUAUUCAUCUCUUUUAAGUCCGUUUUACACUAAGCUACCUAUCACUAUUAAUGAUAAGUAAAUAACAUUUUGUUAUGGCUUUGACACAGGGUAAAAAAGAAGAGUUGAGAAUACUAGUAAAUUAAAGUUCAUUCCCUCGUUCUCAACUCGCUGCCCCUCCCUCUCCCUCAUACUCCUUCCUCAGUUCUUUAUCUUUCUCAAUCUUUGGGUUCGCCUACAUUAGUCCAAACUAAUAUGAAAGACCCACAUUUUCUCAUAUCUUGACUUAACGUGGAAACAGGGUAUAUCUGAACAAAAAUGCAUGUCCGGGAAACCAAGCUUGGGCGCAGACGUCUUUGUUUACGCCUAAUGCGCUCUCGUCUGGGCAUCAUUGUUGCACUUAGAGUUUACAUUUAAUGGGUGAGGAAGAAAAGUAAAUCUUAUUUUGAAUCGGAAGACCUUCAAUCAGCGUCUUUCGCUAAGUGUGUUCAAGUGAACAUUCAUAAAUAUAUAUUUAUUUGUUAUAGCCAGUUUAAAUACUUUCUUUUUUGUAUUAUUUAUCCCCAUGUAUUUAUAUCGAUAAAAAAUGUACUUUUUUAGUAUCUACCUGUUAUAAAAAGACGCUGUGUUCUUGUCAUUGUAACAAAUUAAUUUUUAGUUCUUGUAUUUUAGAGAUAUGUAGGUUUAUGUUACCCUUGUAUAAAUAAUGUCUUGACUUGUACAGGGGGCGCAAGAACGGAAUCAAACCGUUCCCGCAUAGUCGAGAUUUAGACGAAAUAUAGCGAAACAUUUUGAGAACUUCAUUUGUCCUUUGUAACUACUUUUAUUUCCUUGUUAAGAGUUGGUUGUUGAACAAUUCUUUAAUAAAAUGUUAUGUUAUUCA